AUGCAGAUCUCACUUGCCCUACUCUCUUGCGUUCUGAGCGUCGCUCUGGCUGCUCAGAACAUCCUUGCUGCCCCUAGCCCUUUGCCUCUGCCUGGCGUGGACAAUGAUUUGGAUGGUGACAAGCAGCUCAACGAUGGCCUCCCUGCCGACAUUUUUCACUACAUGGUGAGCUCCGAAACGUGCGUUGCUUCCUCACCCUCUGUCAUCCUCACUCACCUUUCGAUCAGACCACAGGGUCAAUACUCUCCUCGCUACUUGGUGAAAGACGACACGACCUUGGUCCCUCCGGGCUGCCAAGUGUCUGCAGUCUCAUCCCUUGAGCGUCACGGAGCACGUCAUUUCACUUCCGGCGCUCUCAAGAACGCUCAAGCCACGCUCAAGACACUCAAGACGGCUCUCUCUCCGGCCACGAAUGUGCCUGAUAACCUGCGCUUCAUUGCUAACUACACCAUUGGCACCGAGACUGGCAGUCUGGUGCCAUAUGGCGCGUUGCAAGCUUAUCUCUCUGGCAAGAGCACCGCAAAAGUCUACCCGGGCUUGUCAGGACGCAGCGCAAAGCUGUUCGUCAGGUCGUCUGGCGACGAAGCGCUUGGCGAUGAUCGCGUCAUCGUUACCGCCAAGUAUUGGAGGCUCGGCUUUGAAGGCAAACCGUUUCCCUCCGGUGAUUUCAGCACGUCGGCUCAGAUCCGCGCGGCUCCCGGUCUGACCGAGCCAGACGUCGUGUUCAGCGAAUUGACUGGUCAGAACAAUACGCUCGACGUUUCUACUUGCACGAAUGAGAACAACCUCCCCUCCAGUCAACGAGAGAGCGGUGCCCAAAGCCGCUAUGGAGCUUCGACUCUGUUGCCUACCAUUGGCGCGAGGUUGCAACAAGUCAUCAAGGACGCCGGUGGUGCCAACGUCACGCUGACCUACUCUGACAUUCUGAACAUCGGGAAUUUGGUGAGAUGCAGCGCGGUUUGGGCGCACUGCAGGUGAACGAUCACUGACAGUGUUUGUUUGCGUCGCAAACAGUGCAGCUUCGAGACUCUGGGUCUCUCGACGGUGCAAUCUGGAUCUCUGCAGCUGCCCAAUGGGAAGAUUUCGCCCUGGUGCAACAUCUUCAAUCAUGACGAAUGGCCCUUGUAUGGCUACGCUCUGGACGUGGGCAAAUGGACUGGAGCGGGCUACGGCAAUCCGUACUACAAAGCUCUUGGUCAAGGGUACAUCCGAGAGCUGUUGGCUAGAUUCAACGGGAAGCUGCCUCCCGCGCUUGACAAGCCUACCAGUCUGAACUCGACCAUCGACGGCAGCAAUGCUACUUUCCCAACCCCGCCCGCCAAGAGCGUCUUCUUUGAUGGCUCUCACGAUAACAGUGAGUUUGAACAGACACACUUGCGGCUCUAGCACUCGUGACUGACUUUGCAUUCUGUCAACAUCGGCUAUCCAAGACGUUGGGCCCAUUGCGGCAGCUUUCGGCCUUUUUGACGGGCCAGCGCUCCAGACCAGCUCCCACGCCGGACAGGCCCCUCACAACUGGGUCUUUUCGAGAAUCGCGCCAUUGCAAGGCAAAAUUGGUGAGGUUGCUCUCGUCUCUUCCAUCUUUCUCGCUUGCCUGCUCACCCUCCCUCUCCUCUGUCCACUCGUGCACCGACAGUGUUCGAAAAGAUCACCUGCGGCGUGCCUAACACGCCCUUGCCACUGUCACAAGACUACCUUCGUGUCCGAGCAAAUGGAGCGAUUCAGUCUCCAAGCAACGCGUCUUGGUGCCCAGAUGCCGGCCUUGACCCUUUAUCGAGACUUGGCCUUUGCAAACUGUCUAGCGUGAACAAGGCACUCGACUGGGUCAACACUGACACCGAGUGGCAAAAGUGCUUUGCUUAA